CUCCAUAGUAAAUACAUAGUUGAGAAAUGCAUAAACAAUACUAGUCUAGAGUAAGUAGUGUGCGAGGUGCCAUAACGAGGCACAUACUGUAACGGCGUAAACUACACAUACAACCACUUCAUUCCAAUAGAAUACAAUGACGUGGGGUCUUGACCUGCUACUGGCGCCACUACAGCCUAUAGUACUAGAACUAGAUCUGGGUCAACGGUGUUUAGUACCUCUGGUGAUGGCAGUGAUGCUGUCAGUGUUCACAGAGACAAUCGCUUACUUCAUGCUGUACAGGAAAGAGGAAUACUGGAGUACUCUAGAAGAGAUCAAUGUAGCACAGGGGAAGUAUAAUAGGGAAGAUAGAAUGCACCGUAGAAAACACGGCGAUAUCAACAAUGUUAAGAAUAAGAAAAUUCCGUUUCUGGAAACCAAGAUCUCAGAUGCAACGGGACGGCUCAAUAGGAUGAAGAUGUUUGCCAUGUUCGCACAAGCUGUGGUGUUCAUAUCCGUCAUGUCGUCGGUUAACAAUACCUUUGGGGGAAUUGUCUUUGCAAAGUUGCCGUUCAUGCCGUUUAGCCUGGCGCAGAACAUCACACACAGGGGAUUGGAUGGAGAAGACUACCGUGAAGCUUCCUUCCUGUUCAUCUACGUUAUGUGCACUACAGCUCUGCGCCCAGUUGUACCAAAGCUAUUAGGCACCACGCACCGCCGAGCCAAACCCGGAGACUCGUUCAUUGCAGGUUUUACCUCGGCCACUACUUAAUACAACUGACCGUGUCUAUUCUGACGCUACGACGAUAGAAUAUAUGACAUCGAAUGCGUAUGCGAGUAUUGUCAUGACUGGGAAAAUCAUGCAUAACAUAUCUGGAUACGGGACUAGAUUACGAGCCCUCGUUGCAAAGAUCAACCUGCCCUGCUACCAUUCUAAGAGUGUGUGUAUACCACACACAGGACGUGCACGUGCAACGAAUAACACAAUCGGCCACUCAGCGAGCUCUCUGGCCUUCUGGCGCAGAGAAAUAAGGAACUUAAACUCAGAGAAUGACGCAAACAUAAUCAGACAUGAUAUUCACUGGAUUACAGCACAUGAAUUCAUACACCGAAAACAAUUGGGAGAAUUAAAGUUCGUAAAAACAGG